AUGACACAAUCAACAGCCGGUAGUAAAUGUCCACCGGUCAUACCAUUAUUCUCAGAUUUAUCAUUCUCUCUCUCUCUUUCCUUUAAAAACCAUCCAUCCCGAUUAGAAGAAACCUUACGAUACUACUUGAUCAUUCUUCACGGUGGUUCCAUUCAUCGUUCAUCAGAUGACAUAAUACCCAACACAGUCAUUCAAGUAAUACCUUCACCUUCACCUUUUCCUCGUCCAAGUCAAAUUCCAGUUCCAGUUCCAAUCCAUUCUGAUUCUGAUUCUUCCGGAUAUAUCAACAACAAGAUCGCCACUAAUUCCGAAUUGUCAGCUUUACCUUUGAAUAUCGGUCAUGAUUUCAUGUUGGAUGAACCGCAAAGUACGAGCGAUAACCAAAGUAAAAGCAAAGCGCCUUGUCCGUCAAUGGAUAAGGAUGAAAACCAACUUGUAAAAGUAGAAGAUCGUUGGAGGUUUAGUUUAAUAGAAAAAUGGUUAAGACAAGUUGAUCAAGAUGAGAUACAAAGUGGAAACGUUUUUCGAAUUUCAUUCUUUUUGUGA